CGCCUUAUGGGUAAUUUGGAAAGAUGUGAGCAAAGCAAGCGCUGAAUGCUGUGAAGCUGUGUUUCUGCUGGUGCAUCCGAGUAUUUAUGGAUUGAAUAUUGCGUGAGGGACUUCCGAAGUUUGUGUGAAAUGUAGUGUAUUUGAUGUGUUUCAUUCAGCCCUUUUAUAAUAUAAUAGAUAUUCAGUGAAGUUCCAUUUAAUUUUUGCUUAAAUGUUAGGAAUUAACUCUUCUAACCCCGUUUCGUUAAUUCUAUUUUACAAUUUUAUCUUGGUAAAUUCUAUUUUAAUUUUCCCGUAGGCUUGCAUACUGAAUACAUUUUUAUUUGUGAAAAUGUUUAUUUUCUUCAAUGUUUAAAGAAGUUGGUAGUAUAAUUGUGAGUGUGUGUGAUAAAAAUGUUAAAAUUGUUGGUUGGGUUUCCUAAAGGAUGGACAGCUGUGUAUUGUAGGAUCUAUUCAUUUUUGUAAUUUCAAGUUUUAUUUCCUAUGUCAUUUUAUGUACGUUUUUAAAGUACACAAUUUAUUUUGAUGACAGUUACAGUAAUUGCUGUAAAAGUACACAAAUCAAUUUAAUGGACCGUAUUGAGGAAUAUUGCAUUUAAUAGAGUGAAAACGGUGACAGCGAAUCGACUACUUUGUGCGGGAACGAGAAGAAACAAAUUGAAGAAACAUUUAUAACAGUAGGAAAGCAAAUGGGAAUUUAAAAGAAGCAGAAAGUGAAAAUAUGCUACUCGAGUAUUUCAUUAUUUUGUUGUUCUGGAGUUAAUGUACCAUUCUUGAGGUAAUGGUAUCGUGAAUAUUUUAAUUCAGUGUCAUUUCCGGCUUGUAAUUCGUCACCAAACACGAACUCGAGGCUCUGGAAUCGGCAUGAAGAUGGUAAGGCGCUGGUCCCUGGUAUUGCAGAGAAGGUAAAGUGCGUCGAGUGCUGCAAGUGACAAGAUGGUGCGUGGUUGCGCCGCGCGGGGCGUCGCGUCGGAGGAGCCCCGACCCGAACCCGAUGCCGAGCCCGAUUCGCCCCCAGCGCGCCCGCGUCUCGGUCUCCCGGCGACCGACCGACCGGCCGGCCCCGCCUCCGCUACAACCACCGGCGCCGCGGUUGUACAGCGCCGGGCGCUCCGCUCCGCCCCGCUCCGCUCCGCUCCGUCUGUCGCGAGUGGAUGCCCGCCCCGCCCGCGCGGGAUGCCGGCCGGGCAUCCACGGGAGGCCUCGCGCCGCGCCGGGCCGUGCCGCCUUGCCCCAGCAAGGCUUGCCUCCCGCCCUCGGCGGCGAAUGUCGCGUGCCAUUAAAUUCGCUUUUCGCUCGCUCGCCCGCGCGUUGGUUCGCUCGCCGUGACCCAUUCAUUUACUCGAGCUAUCAUGAGCCUUCCUGAAGCAGAGUGGGUGAGGCGCGGCGCGGGAGAUGUCUUCGUGGGAGUCGUCGUCGCGACGUCGCAGCGUGGCCUCCACGUCGCGCCUUCGCAUGGACGCGUACGGCAGCAGCCGCAGGGCCAGCAGAGCGGCGUCGCCCCCGAAGCGGCGCGAGCUGGACUCGGUGAUGAAGAAAGCGCGGCGCGAGGGCGGCGCGCAGAGCAACUACUGGAACAAGAAGCUGCUGGAGGCGGAGGAGAAGGACCCGAACAGAUGGCGCCACAGUGGCUUUAAGGAGUUGUAUGUGAGUGGUGGCAAUUCAUCGCAUGGCUCUCCCAGCAGCGGCCGCCAGCAGCCGGCGCGGCGUGGGGGCGGGGCGUCUCGCUCCCGCAGCCGGUCGGGGGGCCGCGGCCCCCGCCGCCGCUCGCGCAGCGCCAGCGCCGCCCACCUGCCCCGCGGCCGCAGCCCGCGCUCCCGCUCCCGCAGCCGCUCGCGCAGCCACAGCCGGCCGCCCCGCGACCGCGACCGCGACCGGGACCGCGAACGGGAGCGCGACCGCGAACGGGACCGGGAGCGCGACCGCGACCGGGACCGCGACCGGGACCGCGACCGAGACCGCGACCGGGACCGGGACCGCGACCGGGAUCGCGACCGAGAGCGCGAGAGGGAGAGGGAGCGCGAACGAGAGAAGGAGCGCGAGCGCCGACCCCACACGCCGCCCUCGCAGGCGCUCAGGCCGCAGAGCGUGCCGGGGCGCCGCGCCGCCGCCCGCCGCAGCCCACCCGCGGCGUCGCUCUCCGCCAGCUCGCGCUCGCUCAGCAGCUGCUCCGACGAGUCCUGCUCCGUGUGCUCGCCCAAGGCCACGCGCAAGCGCGCGCUGCUGUCGCCCGUCGCCAGGGUGCGCCAGUCGCCCAGAUCCAGAUCCCGGUCGUUCUCGGUGCCUCGUAACCGGCCGGCCACGAGGUCGCCCCUGCCCGUGCGCGCCAAGCGGCGCGAGAGGUCCGGGCCCCCCAGCGACCCGCGCGUGCAGCCCUCCAGCCCCCCGCCCGCGGCGCGCAAGCUCAAGGCCAAGAGGAAAGAGGAGAGAGAGAAGCGUGGCAAGCGGCGCGGGCGGCCGGCGCCGCCGGCGGAGGGCAGCCCCGUGCGCAGGCACAGCUCGCCGCCGGUCUCCUGCUCCGAGGAGAGCUCCACGUCGUCCGUGACGUCCGGCGGCGGCGCGCCCAAGCUGACGCUGUCCGAGCGCUUCGGCAAGAUGGCGCAGUGGUCGGUGGACCGGCGCGACCUGGACGGCGUGCGCAACAUGCGCAUCACCAAGGACUCUGACAGCUCGGACCUGAAGGUGGUGAUAGAGGGCGACCGCUACCGCGCGCUCAGCCCCAUGCCCGUGAGCGACCGCCGCGUCGGCCUGCACUACUACCCGGAGACCAUGCACGCCGCGCCCGUCGGCCUCGACGCCUGGGACGACGUGCGCGUGCGCUACAAGUACUACAAGGAGCGCGGCUACCUGCGCGACCUCACGCUCGACGACUACAUCAAGUGGGAGGAGUGGUGGUACAAGUACCAGGAGUGGCUCGAGACGGAGCGCUACUACGAGCACUGGGCGGCGCUCAGGGCGGGACAGUCCACACGGAGUGGCAAGCUGUGGGAGUCCGGCUCGCGCAAACGGCGGAGAUUAUAA